AUGAAUGUUGCCACAGAUGAAAGCAUACACUUACAUGAUCCAAAUGGUAGCUUAAUUGAAAUGCAUAAACUCAUUGAUGAUGGUUUAUUGCAAGAGCAUCAUGAGAUCCAAGAGGAUGCAACAGAAGAAGAGUAUGAAACUGAGGAAUUGAGGAAGAUGAAGAGGAAGAUUUUGAAGAAGACACAGAGAGUGAUUAAUAUGGCUAGAGGUAGAGGUAGAGGUCGCGGAAGUACAGGGCAUGGAGGCAAGUUUGCAGUUAGGAGUAAUAAUGAUGUUACUGCAAACAUACCUACUGUUCCCACUCCUACUAUUGUUAGUCCUCAAGCUGACGGCAUAGGUGGUCAAAAUGAUACAAAUCAAGUUCAACCAUUGAUUCCUCACCUUACAUCAAUGGUUCAAAUUUUUGGUAAUGGUAGCAACCAUACAACACUUGAAUCAUCUCCCACUGCUCCAAAUCAAAUCAACACAACAGCUGAAGGUGGAGAUACAGGUCGAGGAAGCAUAGGGCAUGUGGGUAAGUCAGCAGCUAGGAGUGAUAUUCCUGUUCUUACUGCAAACAUGCCUACUAUUCCCACUCCUACAGUUGCGCCUCAAAUAGCUGGUGGCGUAGGUGCUCCAACUUCUCUCCAACUUCUAAUCAUGGCAAAACACUUCUAUUGGGAUUCUUCCAUUAGCGAUGUUGCAUUAAAAAAACAGUGGCAGAUUAAGGCAACAAUUGUGUAUAGAAAUUUCAUUGCUAAAAUUAAAGAGAAAGGGAUUAGGCAAGAUUUUAUACCUGAAGAUGUCUGGGAAAGCUGGCAGCGACUUUGGGCAGAUCUAAAGUGUAUUGAAAAGUAA